CUCCCCUUUUACAUUGUCAAUUUAUAUCAUUCGAAUUCGGCACCCUUCAACCCUAAGUGCUCCCCCAUUCCCCAUCUUCGGCAACUUCUGCUUCGUCCAGCAUGCUUGACAGUGGCUGACGUCCUUUUCCGGCCAAGUUCCGGUCAUUUUCGUAAUCUGCGGUGUGACCUACUCAUUUCUGACGACUCUUCCGCGUUAAGGGCUCCUUCGCAACCAAAAUCUGACUCUGUUCACUAUAUCCAGCCAAGUUCUAGUCAUCUUCUUCGUUUCCAGCAAGACCCACCCAUUAUUCGGCGAGGCCAUCCGCAUUGGGGGGUUUUUCCGUGAGGUUUUGAAGAUGAAGAAGAAGCAAAAGGUUGUUACAGAGGGUCAAGAUUUGGAGUCUCUGAUCCACGACCAUACCCUGUUUUUUGAUAAGCUGAUUCAGCUCAUUCCAGCCAAGUUUUAUUUACCAAUUGAUGAUGAGGAGAAGCCAUGGUUUCAGGGUCUCAGCAAAGCUGCAAAAGCUGAGGCAAAGAAAGAAACUAAGGAGAAUAUCAAAAAGUCUCGCAGAGAUCGAUUAGACCCUGAGAAACCCUCUGCAACUACACUUGACAUUCUCAAACAAAGCAUGGGAAAAGAGAAUGACAGCGAUGAAGAGAGGGCUGCGGUUAAGCCUUUCAUGUCUGGGCUGGAAGGAGAUGAUCGGUCUGUGACUUACGAAGAACUUCGCCAAAGGCUUCAUCGCAAACUUGAGGAGUUUCGGGCAAGUCGUAACAAUGGGAAUUUAGAGAAAGAUAAUAAGGAUGAAAGAAAUACUAAGAGAGGAUUUAAGGAGAGGAAACGCAAGAGGGAUAAUGAGAAUGAUGAAAGUAAGCCUGCACAUGGAGAGUCAGCCGAGAAAGGGAAGAAGGAUGCCGCGGAGGCCUCCAAGGAGCUUGUGUUUGGACAUGUUAAACUUCAGAAUGAGGAAGUGCAAGGGAAGAAGAAGAGAAAGGUUUCAAAGCAUAAGGAACUCGAAAGAGCUAAGAAGUUGGAGAAAGUGAAGAAGAAAGAUCCUGAGAAGGCCAAAUCUUUUGCUAAUCAGCAAUCAUGGAAAGCGGCAAUGGAUAGAGCUUCAGGGAUUAAGGUCCAUGAUGAUCCCAAACUGUUGAGAAAAAGCAUAAAUAAGGAGAAGAAGAGGCAGCAGAAGAAUGUAGAGAAAUGGAAGGAGAGGGUUCAAACAAGGGACCAGUUGAAGGCAGAGAAGCAGCAAAGAAGGUCAGAAAACAUAGCUGAGAGGAUUCAUCAGAAGAAAAUGCGUAAAAUUGCAAAAAGAGAGAAAAAGCUCAUGCGUCCUGGCUUUGAAGGUCGCAAAGAAGGUUUUAUUAAUGAUGGUUCCAGCUAACAUGGCUUUGAAGUUUACUGAUUUGUGCCUUCUCCUUGCAUUACUAUCCUGCUUUCAAAGAAUUUGGGUGUUUGCAGUGUUAGAGAAUGAGAAUUCAAGGGGUAAAAAAUUCACCUCAGUUUCUAAGUCUACUUCAGUAGAUUUCUUGAAAUUGAACAAUUUUUAUUUACUAUUAUUUACCACAGCAUAUUUUGGCAAUCUGGCAUUCCUAUUGACUAGUUUUUAUUAUCACUGAAUUACGAGCAUUUUGU